AUGGUGGUGGUGGUCGCCGCAGCAUUUCUGAUCGUUAUGUAUUCGCGUCUGAUCUCAAGACGGCUCGUUCCUCUAAUUCUCCGUCUACUCAACUUCUUCUGUCGCCGUCGCCGUCGUCGGCAACGUUACUUAGCAUCCACGACGACCGACCUUGACUCUCUUCCGCCUUCUGAUCCGUUCGAUCCCCCUCUUUUCCCUUACGGCCUCGAUGACUCUGCCAUAAAAACGCUGCCUCGUGCCCUCUACACUUUGAAAACCAGACCCAACAACAGCCCCAAAGACUGCGCCGUGUGUCUGUUGGAGUUGGAAGACAAUGAAUAUGUCCGAACACUCCCCGUUUGCUCGCAUGCGUUCCGCGUGGAUUGCAUUGACGUUUGGUUGAAAUCACACGCUAAUUGCCCACUGUGUAGAGCUGGAAUUUUUGCUAAGGAAUCUCCUUUCACUCCGUUAAUGGCGGCCAGAAUCCGUCCGAGCAUCGACGAUCCCAUUUUCCUCGACAACACUCUGGAAUCCCUGACUGAAACUCCUCUCCAAUCUUUUCCAAACAACACCAUAACGGAUAUAACGGAAGAGCCGUCACCGAGAAGAACGAACGGGAUUAAUAAUUGCGAGGAAAUAUUUAGAGAGGUGGGAACGGGUUUUGGAGCAAAAGGGCAUCUCCGUUUGGUUCAUUAA